CAUGUCAACCUGAAAAAUUAAGGUCGGUUAAACUGUCAUAGUGGAGGAAGCGUCCGGGGUGAAAACAGCACCUAACCGACUUUCAGUAUUGCAUUGACAUGGAAGAAAGGACUGUCAUCAGGUAACUGGAGCUUUGCCCUGCUGCAGAAGACUCUUCUUAAUACGAAGUCCAUCAUACAAGGCCAGGUGGUGUGGACUCUUCCCUCUCCCCAGGCCUGCUGCCCUCCCAUUGGAGGCCUGCUCCGGCGGUGUGUUGGUGUACGAUGGCGCGGUGGGACGCUAAGGGCUGUCGCGGGAGACUGUGAUGUCAGUGCCCAACAGCCCGGGCGAGAGCCGACGUGGCGCUCCCAGAUUCUUCGUGGGCUGCGAGGACGAUGAGAGCGAGGUUGUGGAAGAUUGUAUGAGGACAGACAUGGAGCUGUAUGAGGACGACGAAGACACAGACUCGCCCCCGGAGCGGCAGAUCAUGGUGGGGAUCUGUUGCAUGAUGAAGAAGUCCAAAUCCAAGCCUAUGACCCAGAUCCUGGAGAGGCUGUGCAGGUUUGAGUACAUCACUGUGGUCAUCUUUCCAGAGGACGUCAUCCUCAACGAGCCCGUGAACAAAUGGCCUUUGUGCGACUGCCUCAUCUCCUUCCACUCCAAGGGAUUCCCGCUGGAUAAAGCAGUGAGUUAUGCCAAGCUGAGAAACCCUCUGCUCCUCAAUGACGUGAACAUGCAGUACUACAUUCAAGACAGGAGAGAGGUGUAUCGCAUCCUGCAGGAGGAAGGGAUAGAGCUGCCGCGCUACGCUGUGCUGAACCGUGACCCAGACAAACCUGAAGAGUGUAACCUGGUGGAAGGAGAGGACCACGUGGAGGUGAACGGAGAAAUAUUCCAGAAGCCUUUUGUCGAGAAGCCUGUCUGUGCUGAGGACCACAAUGUCUACAUCUACUACCCCACCUCUGCAGGUGGAGGCAGUCAGCGACUCUUCAGAAAGAUUGGAAGCCGAAGCAGCGUCUACUCACCAGAGAGCAGCGUCAGAAAGACUGGCUCGUACAUCUAUGAAGAGUUCAUGCCGACAGAUGGCACCGAUGUUAAGGUGUACACAGUGGGGCCUGACUAUGCUCAUGCCGAGGCCCGGAAGUCUCCUGCUUUGGAUGGGAAGGUCGAGAGAGACAGCGAAGGGAAAGAGGUCCGUUACCCUGUCAUGCUCUCGGCUAUGGAGAAGCUGGUGGCUCGUAAAGUGUGCCUGGCUUUCAAGCAAACAGUGUGUGGCUUUGACCUUCUCAGAGCCAACGGACACUCCUACGUGUGUGAUGUCAACGGUUUCAGUUUUGUGAAGAACUCGAUGAAAUAUUAUGACGAUUGUGCCAAGAUCCUUGGAAACAUAGUCAUGCGUGAGCUGGCUCCUCAGUUUCAGAUACCUUGGUCCAUCCCAACGGAUUCAGAAGACAUCCCAAUUGUUCCCACCACUUCAGGGACCAUGAUGGAGCUACGCUGUGUCAUCGCUGUUAUCCGUCAUGGAGACAGAACUCCCAAACAGAAGAUGAAGAUGGAAGUUCGCAACCCCUUGUUCUUUGACCUUUUCGAAAAAUAUGGAGGAUACAAAACUGGGAAAUUAAAACUCAAAAAGCCAAAACAGCUGCAGGAGGUGCUGGACAUCACACGGCAGCUGCUUGCAGAUUUGGGACAACACAAUGAUUGUGAGAUUGAAGAGAAAAAGUCCAAACUGGAGCAGCUGAAGACUGUUCUGGAAAUGUAUGGCCACUUCUCUGGGAUCAACAGAAAAGUGCAACUAACUUACCUGCCUCAUGGGCAACCUAAAACCUCAAGUGAAGAAGAAGAUACACGGAAAGAGGGUCCAUCUCUGCUGCUGGUGUUAAAGUGGGGAGGAGAGCUGACUCCAGCUGGUAGAGUUCAGGCUGAGGAACUGGGAAGAGCCUUUCGCUGUAUGUACCCUGGAGGACAAGGAGACUACGCUGGGUUCCCAGGCUGUGGGUUACUGCGGUUACACAGCACCUACAGACAUGACCUGAAGAUAUACGCCUCUGAUGAAGGCCGGGUGCAGAUGACGGCUGCAGCUUUUGCAAAGGGUUUGCUGGCUCUUGAGGGUGAGCUGACACCCAUCCUGGUGCAGAUGGUAAAAAGCGCCAACAUGAACGGGCUUCUGGACAACGACAGCGACUCCCUGAGCAGCUGCCAGCACCGCGUCAAGGCUCGGCUCCAUGAAAUCCUGCAGAGGGACCGGGAGUUCACUGACGAGGACUAUGAUAGGCUGGCCCCAACCUGCAGUGCGUCUUUGGUGAAUUCGAUGAAGAUCGUCAACAACCCCGUGGCCACAUGUGACGAUGUAUACGCGCUCAUUCAGAGUCUCACCUCACAGAUCCGCAAAAGAAUGGAAGACCCAAAAUCUGCCGACCUGCAGCUGUACCACAGUGAGACCCUGGAGCUGAUGCUGCAGCGCUGGUCCAAACUCGAGAGAGACUUCCGCAUGAAAAACGGCCGCUACGACAUCAGUAAGAUACCUGACAUUUACGACUGUGUCAAGUACGAUGUCAUACACAAUGCCACCCUGGGCCUGGAGGACACGCUGGAGCUGUUCAGACUGUCUCGAGCUUUAGCCGACAUCGUCAUCCCACAGGAAUAUGGCAUAAAUAAUGUGGAGAAAAUGGACAUAGCAUACGCCUACUGCCUCCCACUGGUCAGGAAAAUCCAGCUCGACCUGCAGAGAACCCACGAAGAUGAGUCUGUCAACAAACUACAUCCUCUGUAUUCCCGUGGCGUGAUGUCCCCUGGCCGUCAUGUCAGGACACGGUUAUAUUUCACCAGCGAGAGCCACGUCCACUCACUGCUCAGCAUUUUCCGAUAUGGAGGCUUACUUGAUGAGGAGAAGGACCAGCAGUGGAAGCGGGCCAUGGAUUACCUCAGUGCCGUCUCCGAACUCAACUACAUGACGCAGAUUGUCAUCAUGCUUUAUGAAGACAAUAAUAAGGACAUCUCCUCUGAAGAACGUUUCCACGUGGAGCUCCACUUCAGCCCCGGUGUCAAAGGUGUUGAAGAGGAGGAGAACGCACCAACUGGAUUCGGCUUCAGACCUGCUUCUGCCGAGGUGGCUAGACAGAACGGGCAAAAGCAGUCUGACCCCGGCAGUCUGGAGGACCUGUCGCGUGAUGAAACGGACCGUGCUGUGCCGCUGUCUGAGCCAAUCACCAUUCAGAGGAGGUCCCCACUCAUACGCAAUCAUAAGACUGGAUCCAUGGAGGUCCUGUCAGAGACCUCCUCCUCCAAAGUUGGCAGUUAUCGCCUCUUUUCGCUCUGCUCACGUCAAUCCCCCGAGAUGAAACAAAGUGGAUUAGGCUCUCAGUGUGCCGGGCUCUUCAGCACCACCGUCCUCGGUGGCUCCUCUAGCGCACCUAACCUGCAGGACUACGCACGCGCGCAUCGCAAAAAAUUCUCCACCAGCAGUCUGUCCUACAAAGACGAGUUGUUGUCUAUGCCGGCAGUAAAACGGUUUUCUGUGUCAAUUGCAAAGCAUCCGACUAAUGGAACACAAGAUGACACCUCCGCCGUUGCAGUGGCUCCAUCCCUCUGGGGCGCUGCCACUGCCACAGAGCCCAUGGAGGAACACCAUGUGGCCCAGGUGUUGAGGUGUUUCUCCACUGACCUCAGCCUGGGCCGCCACUCUCCUCUGGACCAGGCGCUGGCCCACCACCUCCACCAGUGCUCCUACCACCUCCGCAUCUUCCGAAACUGGCUCAUCUCCGGCCAGGACCCCCUAGAGUACCUCCACGGCUUCGAAGGCUGCUUCAUGGUGCCGUCCAUCUAUCCGCUGGAAACACUACACAACUCGCUGUCGCUAAAACAGGUCAGCGAGUUCCUCGCCGGCGUCUGCGAGAGCGCAGGGGACCCUCACACCAGGACCACCAGAGCUUUGUCAGCCAUGUUUGACACGCACAACCAGCCGUCGGUGGACUCGUACAUCCCUCAGAGAGUCAUGUCGUCCUCCAUCUCCCUCAGAUCCCGUUCUGACAGACCUCCGUGGUACAGCAGCGGUCCAUCCAGUACGGUAUCCAGCGCCGGGCCGUCCUCUCCCACCACGGCUGACACUUCUCCCCGCUUCAGCUUCAGCGACAAGGUGUCCCUUACCCCUCAGAGCAGCGAGGAAAUCCACUCCUCCCAGAACAUUUCCUCUCAGCUGGGGCCUGCCUUCGGGUCCCAAGGCCUCGAGCCCACCGGGCCUGCUGUUUCGCCCGCAGAAGUCCCUCUGACUCCUAAUAACUCGCCAGAGGAUGAGCCGGAGCUCGAUGCUGCUACUGAUAACCACCCUGGGAAUGCUGAAGCGCCCCCGGAGGGGCACGAGGUGCUGUCUGUGCCUGUGGAUCCGUGCAGCGCUCUGCUCCCAGAUCCCGGCCAGACGCCGCUCUGCUCCGACUUGGCCGAACUGGCUUUGGGUCGGAUGGAGAGCUACUGCCUCCCCGGGUCUCUGCCGGUGCUGCUGGAGCUCAGAGAGAGCAGCAGCGAGGCGGGAUCCAGCUCACAGACCCCCCUGUCUCCAGAGGGGCCCGACGAGUUCUUCGACACGCAGGAGUCCAUGGAGUUGUGGACGGACGGUGCAGAAACCCCCCCGAAUCCUGAGACGCCUCUGGAGGCCGGACCCGCUCACGCAGCAGAGCCAUAGAACUGCAUCACGUCAGAAAGGACUGUUUUAACUAACUUUACAAGCCCAAUCCUUGUAGCGGAGCAUUCAAACUGACUUCCUUGUGACUGCGUCUCUUCCAGCCGAUGACUGUGUGCGUGAUUCUUGGCAGCUUGUUUUUGCACUGGCUCCGUGUUUGCUGGAGAAGUCUCUCACGUGCUGUUCAUUGCCUUUUAAAAAGCGCACCAGUGACGCCGCUGAGCCUCCGCUGACAGUCCAGCGUCUGUAAAGACGCUGUCGUCAGGUGAAGCUACUGGCGAGCAGAAAGGAAAUGUAUGUGCUGAUAGAGGACAUUUCCUUGAAACUUCUUUAAUUAAUUGUGGCCACUAGGGGGCAGAAAAGUCCAGGAAAACAAAACUGGGGAGGUGUAGUCUUAAACACACAGGACAUAUCCUGUAAAGCUAAAGCAGUGAGCUGCGAAGCUUCUUAGAGUUGGGAUAAUAUCAAAAUGAUCUGUACGUUUUCAAAUGAUAUGUGCUCUGUGGAUUUGUUGUUACCAUAACGAUACAGGUUUGAUUUGUGUGUUGUCUCUUGUGCAUAAGCUUUGUCUACUCUUGGACAGCUGGAUUCAUGAUGUGUAAGCCUUUGUAGCACCAACCGUUAUGUCAUCUGUCACAAUAACGUGGCCGGUAUCAGGACGCACUUCCCGGCUACAAGACAGACGAACUCGGCCGUCGUGGUGAGUGGGAGCUCUUCCGUUCGCUAAAGGACUAAAACACUUGGAGACUUGCUGCUUUCAGAGGAAUCCCAGGAAGUGGGUGGCAAUCAGAAGACCUGAAGUUUGUCAUCACUCUGGCAGCACCUUCUCGUGCAGCGCUCCUGAAACACGGCGUCUCCACAUCCUGCAUCCUGGGAUUUGAAACAAACUUGAACAACAGCAUCUUAAUCAUAUUUAGGAAAACAUAAGCUUUCAGUGUUGAGGUCAAACCGCGUGUGCACCGCUUACAGCCAAAGUCUUUAAGUCUCUUUGAAGAUUUAAUAUAAUCAGCAGAAAAUUAAAGAGAAAAUAUUUAUUUUGAAAUUGCAAACUUGGGAGAAAAAGUUAUAUUUUUAAUACCCACACUUCAGAUGUUUAGUUGCAUCUCGGCUGCUUUGUUUUCCUUCCGCACAUCUUGAUGUGUUUGGACGUGAAUGUCUUAUUUUAUCACUGAACAAACAAGAGGGGCAUUUUAUAUUCAAUGUGCUUUUAUUUUGGAAGGUGUUUCUGGUUGUGUGUGUGUGUGUGUGUGUGUGUGUGUGUGUGUGUGUGUGUGUGUGUGUGUGUGUGUGUGUGUGUGUGUGUGUGUGUGUGUGUGUGUGUGUGUGUGUGUGUGUGUGUGUGUGUGUGUGUGUGUGUGUGUGUGUGUGUGUGUGUGUGUGUGUGUGUGUGUGUGUGUGUGUGUGUGUGUGUGUGUGUGUGUGUGUGUGUGUGUGGGGGGAGGGAGCGGGGUGUGCACACGUGCCUCAGAAGCUAUCCAGGUGGAUGCCUGUGUGUGUAAUCGGUGAGAUGUCAUGUUACACUGCGAUGACCUGUAGAACUGAAAUCCGCAUCUGUGAUUCAGCGACUGUACUUGCAUGUGUGUGCAGAUGAAACAUGGCACCAUUAUGAAUGUGGUAACUGUCUUGUGCUCGCUCUGUCGCCGUAGAGCUGCAGGUGUCGCUUCACAUAAAUAAACAGCCGUUUCCCUCCAGUGGAGCCAACA